AUGCAAAGGCAAAGCCAAAGGAGGACUGAAAACAACAAAUUCAGAUACCGCGGAGUGAGACAACGAAGCUGGAGCAAGUGGGUCGCUGAGAUCUCAGAGCCUUGCAACCGAACCCGCAAGUGGCUCGGAACCUUAUCCACCUCCCAAGACGACGCCCGAGCCUACGACCGAGCCGCCAUCAUCCUCUACGAUUCUAAGUCUCAACUCAACCUCCGACCCUCUUCUUCCUCUUCCUCGCAAACCCUUCCACCCCUUCUUCCACAUCUCUCUCGCUUAGCUCUCUCUUAUUCCCAUUUCCCUUCGUUCUGGGCCCUGUUAACAAUGACAAGGACAACAUGGUACAGCACAAUCAUAGUGACUCUCAACAAGUGGUGUAAGUGCAACACCAAUAGUAUCAAUUAUCCUCUGGAUUCUGAUGCCAGUGCAUCGGAUGGGAAUGGGCCCGUUCACACUGGAUCCAACGGAGGAAAUUCUUACCAGAACAACGCAAGUCAUCAUCAUGAUCAUGAUGUUGAUAAUCCGGUGUGGAUUCAAAACCAGUACCAGAAUUGCCUGUACGAAGAUGUGAACGAUCCUUCGUGGGUUCAGUUGGGUCUACUUCGUUGA